AUGGAUGGGCAUGCGUUUAUGAAAAUGCGGAAGCAGAUUGAAGAAAAUAAUCAAGACGUCCGGGAUUUUCUUGGUGAUAUGGAUCAGUGGCGUCUGGAUGUAGAGAGAAAAAGCGCGAGGCUGCGCUCCGAAGCAACAAAUCAGAAUGAUUUGCCUCAAAUUCGCAAUGCUUUGCAUAAGAAAAAGAAGAAGAAAAGUUCAAUCAGAGCUCCUACGAGGUCAAAGGCUACUAACUCGGGCCGUAUCAAGUCAGAUGAUUACAAGGCUUGGGAUUCUUUCGACGUCGAUAAAGCACUGGAAGCUAUUGAUAGGCCUGAAAGUGAGGGAACCUCUGGGGAAAGCGAAACUGAUGAGGAAUUUGAGAACGAAAGACGAAUUAGGUUGGCAGAUGUUGAAAAGGAGCAAGGGAAUAUUCGCUUUAAGGAAAGUAAAUAUGAGGAGGCAGUCGUAUGCUACACCUCUGCUAUCCGGCUCGCACCGGAGAAUCCAAUUCUCUACUCGAACCGAGCGCUGGCACUUUGCAAAUUAGGGCGUUUCGCUUCUGCUGAAGCCGACUGCUCUACCGCCCUCACCAUUGAUCCGAAAUUAGUGAAGGCUCUCUACUGGAGGGCUCAUGCCCGGAAGGCCCUUGGUAAAUUGGAGGAAGCUGCAAGCGACCUGAAACGCGUUUUGGAUAUUGAACCGAGAAAUUCCACUGCACUAAAAGACCUCAGUGCCUUGACUGGGGACUCCAAUUUGCGCGCCGGUUUCAUUAACUCCAUCUUCAAGCUUAUCGACAUUUCGGAAGUUACCUCAAAUGAUUUACGUCACAUCCCGAUUUCAGAAGCUGGUGGCACCUGGUCGAAGUCGCAGGCCGGUGAUUGUCAGAAAGUGCAAACGAACACCAAUUUGUCGUCAUCGAAUUCGCAAGUUAGAUCAGGCGACAGUGUUUUAAUCCCUGGCGUUUCGUCUCAACUUGCUGUGACUCCGACAAUGCCAACGGAGCCGCCCACCAAUUGGUUUCAGAUGGAGCGAGAACUGAGAGAGCUGAUCCCCUCGAGCCAAGGCCUUGCUCUUCCCGCAGUGGAUUAUUUGUGUUCCAUCGAACCUUGGAACUAUGCAAACGUGAUAGGAAAUAAUCUUAAUCCUUCGUGUCUUGGCCGCCUCUUAGCAGCAUUUAGCAUGAGCUCAAAACUGAGUUCAGCCCAGAAGGCUGAGCGAAUGGCAGCUUUGGCGAAAUUGCCGAGGUUCGACGUGGCCUGGCUGUUGGCAGAUAAUGCGGAUCGUGAGAUUGCGGAGCAACUUCUUCAAGAAGUUCCAUCUGAAAGUGUUGCCUCCCUCAAAACAAUGACGGGAAAUCGUUCUUUUGGUGAGUUUGGCAUGCAGUUGGUGCGUUUUAUGUAA